AUGGAAUUUGCACCUAUUUGUGUCUAUCUAGUAAUAAGUUUACUAUUUUCUUUGAUCUUAAUUGGUGUUUCCUUUCUAUUUGCUUCUUUUUCCAAUUCGGCCCAUCCGGAGAAAUUGUUAGCUUACGAAUGCGGUUUUGAUCCUUUCGAUGAUGCCAGAAGUCGUUUCGAUAUACGAUUUUCUCUCGUUGCUAUUCUAUUUAUCAUAUUCGAUCUGGAAGUCACCUUUUUAUUUCCUUAGGCAGUUUCUCUCAGCAAAAUUGGUUUGUUUGGAUCUUGGUCUAUUGUCUUAUUUUUAUCGAUUUUAAAGAUUGGAUCUUUAUACGAAUGGAAGAAGGGCGCUUUAGAUUGGGAGUAA